AUGGACGUCCCUGGCCGCCCCGCCACGGCGCUCACCCGCUUCAGCCGCCAUGCCAAACCCCCCCUCGCCACGCCCCCCUCCUCCCUCCCCCCCACUGCCGCUGCCACUCCCCUUGCCACGACCCCCCUUGCAUCACCGUCCGCCACCAGUGCGUUCUCAGCCCGCAGCCUCCCAGCUCAGGCUGAAGCGCCACCAUCCCACGCCACCCCUGCUGCUGUUGCUGCUGCUGCAGUGGGGGUGGCUGCUGGUGAGUUUGGGAAGACUGUGCGUGGGAGUGGCAAGGGGAGGGCGGGUGGGAGUGGCAAGGAGAGGGCGGGUGGGAGUGGCAAGGAAAGAGCGGGUGGGAGUGGCAAGGAGAGGGCGCGAGGCAUGAGGCAGAUUGAGGCAGAGCUACAGCAGAGGAGAGAGGCGGCCGCAGCCAAGGCAGCAGCAGGCACAGCAGCGACAGCAGAAGCAGACAGCGGGGCUAACGGGGCAGUGGAGGAUGAUGGGUGGGAGCAGCAGGUGGGGCAGGUGGCAGUGGUGCACAGGCAGGUGAGGGCCACAUCGCUGGCAGAGCUGUACCGAGCGGCGGGGAGAGGGGGCGACCUGGACGGCGCAAGGAACGUGGCACCGGCUCAUGCCCUCCCACAUGUGCUCGCUGCCACACCCGGCCCGCUGUGCCAGUCCAUGCCCUUGGAGCCGCACCUGGGCUUGCAGCCGCACCUUCCCACGCCCCUGCCUGUGUCGCCUGUCCCUGCUGCCCCUGCUGCCCCUGCUACUUCUCAGUGCAUGGCAGGCACAGGCACAGGGCCAUCCCCAGGCAUCUCGCCCCCUUCCACCCUCUUUUCCACCACCUCUCCCCUCGCCGUCGCUCUGCCUCCCUGCAGUGCCACCGCCCCUUUCCCCCCCGCCUCUGCUCCUUCCCCUCCUGCCUCUGCCUCUGCGGAUUCCCCCCUUUGCCACCCCCCUCACACUGCGUCGUCCCCUCCUGCCGCGCGCCCACCCUCCCAUCGCGACCUGCUGAGGGCGCGCAAGGCAGCACACAGCCGCCGCCCGCACUCGCUGGCGGGGGGGGAGUUUGCCACACUCAGGCUCGCCCACAACCCCACAGGAGGCUCUCCAGAAUCCACCACCGCUCUGCACCGCUCUCCCCUCUCCUCGUCCUCCCGCCUGAUACAUCCCGUUGCUGCUGUCGCCCUGGCCACUCUCCCCCGCCCCUCUACCUCCUCUCCUGCCCCUCCUGCUGACCCUUCUGCUGGUGCAGCGGAUGAGAGUGGGAGGAAGCGGCAGAGCAACAAGGGCAUGAGGCAGGCAGCUGGGGGAGGGGCGGUGGCAGCAGCGGUGCAGCAGUCAGCGGGAGCGGUGGUGGCAGCACAACCUGCCAUGGUGGAUAUUCCACGCGCUGCCACCACGGGCAGCAUUCAUACCACACCUGCCACCGCUGCUGCUGCUGCUUUAAGGACAUGUGGGUCUGACGAUGUGCCCUGGCCGCCCGCUCACGCAGAGCACAUGGCACAGGGAGGGGAGGGGGGCAUGCAGGGGAGGGAGCACGUGGCAGCAGUGCCACCAUCAGCAGGCGCAGCCCCCGCUCUUGCUGCCGGCACUCACAUGUCCCACCCCACUGCACUUGCCCAUGACCCAGCUGUCCCCUCCACCGUCCCUCGCCCUCUGCUGCACCUUGCUCCCACUGCCCUCGCCUCCGCUUCCCCUGCCAUGUCAGCUGGCUCUCCUGUGACGUCAGCAGGGUCGCCUGCCAUGUCAGCAGGAUCCCCUGCCUCCCUGUCCAAUGAGCACGCGCCACGUGGUGCACAGCAGGCAGCAGCGGUGGCGGAGCUGAGGAGCAAGCUGAGGGUGCUGCUGGCACCGCCACUUUCUGUAGCAGAGCAGGCAGGCAUGGGGGCGUGGGGGGCUCUCUCCCACCUCACUCCUCUGCCGCACAUCCCACCUCUGCCCUCACUGCCACACACCGGCACCCCCCCCUCGCCUCCUCUCCUGCACCGCUCGCUCUCAGACCCACACACACCGCGCCCCCCCACAGCGCCCUUCCCCCUCGUCUCUCCGCCCUCCCCCGGCACCCUCUCAGCGCCGCACUCGCCCGCCCCCCCGCCCUCUGCGCGCGCCCUGGGCUUUGCGUGUGCGCGCCGCCCCUUCAUGCUGCCGCCCGACUGGCACGCGCCCUCCGGUGCUGCUGAGAGUGGUGGGAGGCCGCGCACUGCAGAGGGGGAGAGAGGAGGGAGGGGCAUGCGGGCGUUCACGUCCGUGGGGCACCGGGGGUUGCUGCCAGGCAGCAUGCAUGCAGGGGAGGCGUCAGCAGCAGCAGGGGGCGCGGGCAGCCACUCCGCCCUGACCGCGCGUGAGGUGCUGGCAGCGCUGCGGCGCGUGCCGGGGCCGUACAGCUCGGGGCGGUUUGACGAGGUGGAGGGCGUCGAUGAUGCACUGCUGGGCGCCGCCGCCACGCCAAGGGUAGUGGCGGGAGGGGCGCGUGGUGGCGGUGGUGGGCGGCGGAGGAGGAGUGGCGAGUAUGCGAGUGGAGGGGACGGGGAGAGAGAAAAAGGUGGUGGUGCGGAGGAGGCCGGAGGAGAAGAUCGGGAAGGUAGGGAGGACUCAGAGAGCGAUGGCGAUGGGGAGGGCGAGGAGGCGGCACAAAUGCGAAUGGAGUGGAGGCGGGUGAGGAAGGAGCGGCAGCUGGUGGAGCAGGAGAGGGGCGAGGUGCAACGCGUGCAGGGUGAGGUGGCACGCUUCAAGCAGUGGGCGCAGGAGGAGCAGCAGCGGCUGCAGGAGGAGAAGCGAAAGGUGGAGGCGGACAAGCAGCGCCUGGCGCCCUUUGAGGCGCGCCACCGCGCCUGCCAGCACCACAUUGCAGCGCAGGACGCCGCCACGGCCGCCCUGCGAGCACAGGCCAGCGCCGCCGCCACGGCCACAGGGCACGUGGCAGCGCACACGCACUCGCUGCGCUGCCACCUCGCCUCCUCCGCCCACCUCCUCGCCGCCACCAAGCAGCGCCUCGCUCACGACCGCGCCUCCGUGGCUGGCGCUCUGGCUCGGGCUGCCGAGGCUGAGGAGCGGGCGCAGGCCGCGGAGAGGAGGUUCGGGAAGAUGCCGUGGGAGGUGCGGAGUGGGAGUGGCGUGGCGCGGGCAGUGCAUGGUGUGGCGGGCCGGCAUGGGUCGCCCGUGCAGCGCCUGCACACCCCCGCCAUGCGCCUGGCACGCGUGGGGCGAGAGGAGGGCGGGCACAGGGGAGGGGAGGAGGGAAAGGGGAAUGCAUGGCAAGGGUGGAGUGCAAGCACGGAAGGGAUGGUGGUGGAAGAGGGACAGCGAAGGGAGCAGCGAGGAGUGGUGGGCAAGGCGCGUGGGUUGAAAGGGGAGCAGGUGGCAGGCGUGGCGAGGGAGGUGAUGCGCGCUCUGCUCCUGGCAGCCCGGGCGGCGAGCGACAACGCAUCUCGGCUGCUCUUCUGGUGGUCCAACACGGCCAUGCUGCGCUCCGCCCUGGCACCCCUGGUGGCGGAGGAGCAGAGGAGGAAAGGGGAGGGGAAGAAGGGUGAGGCGGCCACAGGUGAAGGAGGGGCGGCUGGUGGUGGUGUUGGGAGUGGUGCUGCUGCUGCGAAUGGUGGUGGUGCAUGCUGGCCUGGCACAGGUCAUGACGACCGGGGAGAGCACCCGGAGCACCCAGAGCGGCCUGAGGACCCGUGGGGCAGCUUGGCGCACCUUGAGUCGCAGCUGCUGCAGCUGGAGCAAUGGCAGCACAACAGGUGUCUGCAGCUGGUGUGGACACGUGUCUUCCUGCCAGCCAUGCAGCAGCGCCCCCCUGUGCUGCCGCCUCCCUUCCACCCGCCAUCACACACCCCUCCCUUCACCCCCGCCUGGUCCUCCGCCCUGCUGUGCGCCACCUCUGCCUGCCAGCAGUCGUACCUCUGGCCCUUCUCCGCCCCCACGCCCCCGCCACCCCCACUCAGAGCGGAGGAAGUGCAGGCGCCCUGGUGGGCGGGGCUGAGUGGUACAGAGCGGUGGGUGGCGGUGAUGCACGAGGCGGCUGCCAUGCUGUGCCCUCACAGGGCCAUGGGGCACCACUGCGGCUGCCUCUACCCGCUUUUCAAGCAGGUGCUGCAGCAGUGCCAGCAGCGGCUAGACGCGGCUCUGUUCAACGCGUUGCUGCGCUCCGGUAACGACGUGCUCUCCACCGACCCUGCUGCCGAUCCUCUCACCGAACCUGCCGCCCUGCCGUUCCCCGCCAAUGGCCGCUUCUGGGCCGGCCAAGGGGGGCUACUGAAACACACUACCCAUCCCUCACUGCCAUCCAGACCCAUCCCUCACUGCCAUCCAGACCCAUCCCUCACUGCCAUCCAGACCCAUCCCUCACUGCCAUCCAGACCCAUCCCUCACUGCCAUCCAGACCCAUCCCUCACUGCCAUCCAGACCCAUCCCUCACUGCCAUCCAGACCCAUCCCUCACUGCCAUCCAGACCCAUCCCUCACUGCCAUCCAGACCCAUCCCUCACUGCCAUCCAGACCCAUCCCUCACUGCCAUCCAGACCCAUCCCUGGCUGCCAUCCAGACCCAUCCCUGGCUGCCAUCCAGACCCAUCCCUGGCUGCCAUCCAGACCCAUCCCUGGCUGCCACUGCCCCAGUAUCCUCAUGUACCCUCAAUGUGUUCGUGCCUUUCCGCCAUGCCUCUGUGCCCUCUGUUACCCCCCCACCACCACCACGGCACCCCACGGCACGGCUCCAGGUGUCGGAGUGGAGUGAGUUCCUUGCAGACAUGGACGCACACGUCUCCUCACACUGCCAUGCCGCCGCCGCCGCUGCUGCUGCCACGCAGCAUGCCGCCACUGCUGCGCACGCUUACCCCCCAUCGCCCAUCCUCCCCCCGCCCACCGUCCCGCUCUCCUUGCUCUCCUCCGCUCGCUUCUGGGCGGGCCAGCUGGAGCUCUUUGAUUGGCCAGAGGGCGCAGAGGGGCAGGGCGGGGCAGAAAAGCCGGGAUGCGGAAAUGGACUGGUGGGGCAGGGAGAGGGGUGGAGAGCGGUGACAGGCGGUGACGCCAUGGGAGAUGCAGUGGCGCGCAGCAUUGCUGGGUGUGAAGGGGGCACGGGUCAGAGAGGGUAUGACCCCGCGGCGCUGCUGCUGCUGGGAGGGCGCGAGGGGGAGGGGGAGGAGGGGAGAGGUUUGGUGCAGCAGCUGAUCGGUGGGCGGGCGGAGUGCUUCCCGCUGCUGCGCGCGCUGGCCCACGUGCUGCUGCUGCCCAAGAAGGCUCUCUGCGACCGCCCUGUGCGCCGCCAGGUGUACGCCACCAUCCCAGCGCCGCUGCUGCAGCGUGUGGUGAGCAUGUGUGUGGAGCAGCCGUCCCACCCCGACCCCAUCCCACCCGUGCUGCUCGACAUGCUGCAUGCCGAGGCCAACACCUCUGCCUACGCCAUCCACUUCCUGCCAGUCUUCGACCCUACCCCCCUGCCCCCCACGCCCUACCGCCCGCCGCCCACCUCCGCCCUGCACGCGCUGCUGGGGGCGGCUGCACCAGGCGCGGUGGGCGUGCAGCAGGGGGGGGCUGGAGGGCGGGAAGGGGGCACGGCACGGCGAUUUGCCGAUGGAGUGAAUGCGCGGCGAGGCUGCCAGAGCAGCAGCGACGAGGUUGCGGGUGCUUGA